AGGAAUUCCAUUUGCAUAUGAAUAAUCCCACUACCGGGAGGUCAACAACAGCCUCAAAUCUUGAUUCUUCUCCGGCAGUAACUCUGCAGCCAUGGCGGAAGACUUUCACGGCGGAGUUUGCGGCGGAAGCUGGUGGGCUCCGCCGCCCAGAAACAAUUUCUUCAACCCAUCCCCAUGUUCCUACGACAUCAGCAGCUUCGGGUGGACGACGACGACGAUCAACAAUCACCAAAUCGGCGCGGCGGUGGCGACGGAGAUGACAUCCGCCAGCGACGACUCCAUCGGCGGCGGCGCCUCCGAUAGCUCCGUCGUAAUUCACCCCCACCAGGCCGCCGGAGAUGGACACGUGUCCGUCGCCUCAACAACCCUAGAUAUGAUCUGGAAUCAUCCUCAGGGUUUUCUCGACGACAACGGACGAUCGGAGGAGAAUUAUCCUCAAAUCGACAAGAUUAAUUAUUACCAAGAUUCGUCUUUCGUUAACGAUUUCCGACAAAUGAAUCAUCAUCAUCAUCAAGGAUUUCCACCUCUCCAGCCAUCUCCAGAAUAUUCCUUUCCGUUGAGCUCUCCUUCCUACGCCGGCUCCUUACUGCACACCUUGUUCGACGGAGAUUUUUCUCAGAUGAAUCUCUCUGAAAUUCUCCCCAAUUUGACUGAUAAUCAGACAACUCCUGUCUUAAAGCCUAAUUCUUUGCCCAAGAAACAACCUCAAAUGCAUCAGUUCUGUAAUAACCCACAAUUCUGGAAUAUUAAUUCCACGCCUAGGCCUGCUGUUCUUCCUUCACCACCACAGCCCCAAUUUCGUCCUCCAUCCUCUCUUACCUCUUCUGCAAAACCUAAUCUUCGCCACUCCACUCCAAGGCAGCAUCAUAAUAAAGAAACUCCGGCGAAGAAAACCGGCAACGAACCGGCUGCUAAGCGUGCACGAGUCGAAACAUCAUCGCCGAUGCCGGCAUUUAAGGUCCGUAAAGAGAAGCUGGGGGACCGAGUAACUGCCCUCCAGCAGCUGGUUUCACCUUUUGGAAAGACAGAUACUGCAUCAGUUCUCCAAGAAGCAAUAGAGUACAUCAAAUUCCUCCAUGAUCAAGUCAAUGCAUUAAGUGCACCAUACUUAAGAAAUGGAUCACCACCAAUGCAACACCAACAGGUUGCAGAUGAUCAUCAUAAAUUUAAGGAUACAAAAGAGCCAAGUAAAGAUCUAAGCAGCCGAGGUCUUUGUCUCGUCCCGAUCUCAAGCACAUUUCCGGUUGCUUCCGAAACAAACUCCGAUUUCUGGACGCCAUCUUUUGGAGGAAGUUUCAGGUAGAGACACAAUGAAAAAAAAGCUCUACUAUUAAUAUAUAUAUAUAUAUGGAAAAAUUAUAAUUUUGAUCAUACAUAUAUAUUAUAUCCAACAAUCACUGUCUUAUAUAUUUGCACGGCCAUAUUUUAGUGUGAUAUGUUAUUUUUUUUAAAAAAAAUUAAUAACAAAAUAUAGUAAUUUGUAACACUAAAAUGUGGCCCUGCAAAAUUAUUAGACAAAAUUAAUUAUUCAGUAUAUAUAAAAGCAGCAAAAUUAUAUUUUUUCCAUAUAUAUAUAUAUAUAUUAUAUAUAGAGAGAGAGAGAGAGAGUGAGUUGUGUUGUGUAAGAAUUUCUUAAAAAGUAGACAAGGCAUGAUGGAAAUGGAGAAAAGAAGAAAGGGAAGAGAGAAGAGGAAGACAGCCAUCUGAUAUGCAGCUAAAUGACAAGCUAAGGAUAAUAUAUUAGUAAUAAUCUAAGGUUGUAAUAAGUAGUUUUUCUUUGUACUAUUUAAUUUAAUUUGAUCUGUUGGGAUGGAAUAAGUGCUACCCCGAUAAAUUCUUGUACACUUUUCAAAAUGGGCCAACUCCCGAAGCGUGGUAAAAUCACAGUUGUAA